AUAUGCAAGAUAAAACAAACAUUGGAAAUGUUAUCAGACAUGUUGUCAAUGACCACAACAGCACCGGUCGUCUCGAUGAGCCCUUCUAUGUGGUGGACGUGGAGGACAUCAUCGAAAAGUACCGCAAACUCCUUAAAUACAUGCCGCGAGUGAAGCAGUAUUUUGCCGUCAAAUCCAAUCCCUCGCCAAUAGUACUGGAAAUACUCGCCGGACUCGGGAUGAGUUUUGACUGCGCCUCCAGGGGAGAGAUUGAAGCUGUUUUGAAAUUGGGUGUAAGUCCCGACCGCAUUAUAUACGCCCAUCCAGUCAAAGCACGUUCACAUAUAGCGUACGCGGCACAGGUGGGCGUAAAAGAAAUGACGUUUGAUAACGAGGACGAACUCCAUAAAGUACAAAAACUGCAUCCCGGUGCUGACAUGGUGUUACGCAUAGCUGUAAACACGGAAAAAUACUCCAAGCUACCUUUGACCAAAAAGUUUGGUGCCAAUCUACAACAGGUGCGCCACCUAUUGCUAGUGGCUAGGAAACUUGGCGUAAAUUUGUGUCAGCUGGGUGAGGCCUAUACCAAGGCCAUUUGUGACGCCAAAUAUGUGUUCGACCAGGGUAAAGAGUUGGGUUUCAACAUGCACCUUCUUGACAUCGGUGGUGGAUUUUCGGGAACCAUCACUGCGUUAAAUAAAACGCCCGACCAAAUGGCCCGGAUUGUCCAUAAUGCCCUGGAGUUAUAUUUUCCGGCUAACACAACUAUUAACCUCACCAUUAUAUCGGAGUUUGGACGAUACUAUGGUGUCGUUCACAAAGUACAUGCGCAUUUCCCCUACAAU